AUGAAAAAAUCACAAUCGAUACCGUGGUACUUGAAGCAGUCCGGCAAGGAACUGGCAGAGAAAUUUCAGUUUAUUCAGAUUCAGGAGGAUGAGCGAUUACGAGAUGCAACAAUCAAAACUAUUGAUUCUAGAUGGUCGCUGGGUGUUAGCGUGUUGGAAAGAAAUGAUAGCAGAAACAGGUAUGUUAACAUCAUGCCCUAUGAAAGGAACAGAGUGAAAUUGGAUGUAAUUAAGGGAAACGAUUACAUCAACGCAUCAUACGUCAAAAUCAAUGUUCCAGGUCAAAGUAUUUCACCAGGUUAUUAUAUUGCGACACAGGGUCCAACAAAAAAAACAUGGGGCCAAUUUUGGCAAAUGUGCUAUCAUUCAUGUUCGCACGAGAAUAUUGUGAUAGUAAUGGUAACUCCUCUGAAAGAGCAUGGAAGAGCGAAGUGUUUUCCCUACUGGCCCACUGGAGAGGACAACGAAAAUUCUUCAGAUCAUGUAAGAGUAUCACCGAAAGAACAAUAUCCAGGAGGACAAUCUGACCUGAGCUGUUUUGAGGACGAAUUAGAGGUGAUAUGUGAAGAUAGCAGAAGGAUUGAAGACUACUAUACUCUGACAACACAUAAAAUCAAGCCCCGUAAUCCUUCAACGGGCCCCGCUAAAAUGGUUCAUCAUUUCUAUUUCGACCAAUGGAAAGACAUGAGUAAGCCGGAGGAAAUAGUUCCUAUAAUGAAGCUGUGUGAGCACUCUCAUCGCCUUAACUCUCCCGGGAAUCCUAUUAUUGUUCACUGUUCUGCUGGGGUUGGUAGAAGUGGAACAUUCAUAACCUUGGAUCAUUUGAUUCACGAUACAGCAGACUUUAAAUUGAGUUUGGGAACCAUCAGUACAGAGGGAUCUCGUGUGCCUAUUGAACACUAUAACCAUGACCUUAUAGAACAAAUUGUACUGCAACUCCGGUCUCAAAGGCUAAAAAUGGUUCAGAUGAUCGAUCAAUACAUGUUCAUAUACCAUGCUGCAAAGUAUUUAUAUGAUAUUAGCGAGAAUAGUAAAAGUGAAUAA